UAAAAUAAAAACACUAUAACUCGGUUACUGAGUCUCUAGAACAAACCAUUUCGUUUCUGCAUUUGCCUCCACUAGGGUUACAUCUCGCUCUCUUUUCUCUGCUUCACAUCUUCUCCGUUAUCUCAAAAGCUGCGCAAUCUUCUUCUUCGUCUUCACUGUGCUUCUCCUCGGAACCCUAACCCGAUCCGAUAUGGAAAAGCCUGCUGCGAGACCGAGGGGUCGUCCGCGGAAGAGGAUUAAGGAGGAGGAGGAGGAGAAGGAAGGGAGAUUGGUUGCUGAUGCGAAGAAGACGAGAUCGGUUGCGUUGGUUGGGAGGUAUGUGCUGAAGGAGUUCUCGGGAAACGGUGUUUUUCUCGGGAAAAUUGUGUAUUAUGAGACUGGGUUGUAUCGGGUGAAUUACGAGGAUGGGGAUUCGGAGGAUUUGGAUAGCGAUGAGAUACAUCCGAUUCUUCUCAGGGAGAAUGAUUUUGAUGGUGAUUUGACCAAGAGGAGGCGGAAGCUGGACCAAUUGGUGGCGAGGAAGAAGGCCAAGGCUGCUGCUGCUGCUGCGCCGGAGAAGGAGAAGGCUUCUGCUGGGUCGAAGAAGGAGGAAUCUGUUGCUGCUGUGCCUGUUUCGAGUGAAUUGAACGGUGAAAAUGGCGUGGGAGGAGAAAAUGGUGUGGUGGAAGCUGAUUCCUCGAGUGACUCGGGUUUGAAGGGUGGGAAUUCUGGUUCUGAUACUGAGAUGUCACUUAUGCUGCCUGCAUUUGAGUUGCCGCCGUCAUCUGGAACAAUUGGCGUGCCUGAGCGAAGUGUGUCGCACCUGUUUGCUGUUUAUGGAUUCCUGAGAUCAUUCAGCACUUGCUUGUUUCUCAUGCCCUUUACUUUGGAGGACUUUGUGGGUUGUCUUAACUGGCGAGCCCCGAACUCCUUGUUUGACUCCAUUCAUGUUUCCCUGAUGCGCGCGUUGAGGCGCCAUCUUGAAACCCUCUCUUCUGAGGGCUCGGAGCUGGCACUGCAAUGCUUUAGGUGCAAUGAUUGGAGCUUGCUCGAUACAUUGACUUGGUCCCUUUUUGUGAUUCAGUAUUUAGUAUUUAGUGGAUACACAAAAGAACCUGAAUGGAAAGGAUUUAAUGACGAGGUUUUGAAUGGCGAGUAUUAUUUAUUGCCUGUAAGUAGGAAGUUAAUGAUAUUGCAAAUUCUUUGUGAUGAUGUUUUGGAAUCCGAGGACGUAAAAGCUGAAAUGAACAUGCGGAAGGAAUCAGAGGUUGGGAUGGAUUAUGAUGCUGAAGAAGAUAUUCUUCCUGCAGAAACUGGGCCGAGAAAAGUUAAUCCAAGAUAUGCCAAGACUUCUUUUACCGAGGAUAAAGAAGCUAUGAAAUCUGUUUCAGCAUCAAAUGCUGUGAACCAACCUGGUAACUCUAUUUCACAUUUCAGGGAUACAGAAAGUACUGACGAUGGGGAUGUUGACCGAAAUGGAGAUGAAUGUCGCCUUUGUGGUAUGGAUGGGACCCUGCUUUGUUGUGAUGGGUGUCCCUCGGCUUAUCAUUCUAGGUGUAUUGGUGUGAUGAAAAUGUUUAUACCAGAUGGGCCAUGGUACUGUCCAGAGUGCAAAAUCAACUUGACUGAGCCAACCAUUGCGAAGGGAACAUCACUUAAAGGGGCUGAAAUAUUUGGAAGAGAUUCGUAUGGGCAACUCUUCAUGGGUACUUGCGGCCACUUACUAGUGCUCAAUACUGGCAACAAUGAAUUUCAUCUUAAAUAUUACAAUCAGAGUGACAUUCCUAAAGUUGUCCAAGUGCUUUAUGAAGCUGUGCAGCAUAGGCCAAUAUACGAUGGUAUUUGCAUGGCAGUGUUGCAAUAUUGGAAUCUUCCAGCAAAUUUCUUGCCUUCGGUUUCAACUGAAACAAAUGUAAACUCAGAAAAUAUGAAGGAAGAAACAAAAUGCUCUUCAUUACUUCCUCCUCAAAGAGAAGACAACCCUAUAUCUGUUAGUUUGGUGAAGGAAGAAUACCCUACAGGCCCUGUGAGUUUGAUUCACAGUGAUAAUAUGGUGCCAUCUCAUGAUGUUUCAUCUGUUAUCACUCAAAGUCCUGCUCCUGAAAGCAGCGGCAAUGCUGGCGGUAAAGAGUGCUCUGCUGUGAAUAUGACGAUUCCUGAGGAAACUGGGAUGGAGUUGGUCAUUUCAGCUGGUUCUGUUUCUAUUAGUCAUCAGUCUGACAUGAACUACCAAAAUUCUGUUAAUAUCUCAAGUGCAGAAGAUCUUGCUAACUGCUCUUUGGGAAACAGCUCAUCUGGUGAUUAUUGCCAUGCAAAUAAUAUGAGGUUGCCUCUGAAUUUUUCUUUGCAAACCAAAGAAAGCACCCAAGUAGGUUUUGGAUACAUGGGUUUUUCCUAUAAACCUCAGUCGUACAUAAAUUACUACAUGCAUGGUGAUUUUGCUGCAUCAGCAGCUGCUAAAUUUGCCAGUCUUUCUUCAGAGGAAUCUAGGUCAGAAAGUCACGGGUCUGACAAUCAGAGGAAAACUGUAGCUGCAAUCACUUAUUUGCAAGCAAAAGCAUUCUCUCAAACAGCUGCACGCUUUUUUUGGCCAUGUUCUGAAAAAAAGCUUGUGGAGGUUCCAAGAGAGAGGUGUGGCUGGUGUAUUUCGUGUAAAGCUACUGUUGUUAGCAAGAGAGGAUGCAUGUUAAAUCAUGCUGCCAUAUGUGCCACAAAAAGUGCUAUGAAAAUCCUUGCUGGUUUUUCCCCUAUAAAGAGUGGAGUGGGGAUCCUUCCUAGCAUCGCAACUUACAUUAUAUACAUGGAGGAAUGUUUACGUGGUUUAAUUGUUGGGCCCUUCCUAAAUGCAAGCUAUAGAAAGCACUGGCGUAAGCAGGUGGAACAAGCAACAACAUUUAGUGCUAUCAAGCCGCUUUUACUUAAACUUGAGGAGAACAUUCGGCUCAUUGCUUUUUCUGGAGAUUGGGUUAAGCUGAUGGAUGAUAGGGUGGUUGAAAUUCCCAUUACACAAAGUGCCGCAUCUACUCUUGGAACAGCUCAGAAACGUGCACCAAGUGGGAGGCGUUACAAGAAGCGGUUAGCUACUGAUGAGGCUACUGUUGAUGAUGGUAGCAAUAAAAACUGUGUGUGGUGGCGUGGUGACAAAUUUACCAAAUAUAUAUUCCAGAAAGCAUCUUUGCCAAAAUCCAUGGUCAGAAAAGCAGCUCGCCAAGGUGGUUUGAGAAAAAUUUCUGGUAUUUUCUAUGCUGAUGGUUCUGAAAUCCCUAGAAGAAGCAGACGACUAGUUUGGAGAGUCUAUGUUCAAAUGAGUAGGAAUGCAUCCCAGCUAGCACUUCAGGUCAGAUAUUUAGAUUUGUACCUCAGAUGGAGUGAUCUGAUUCGUCCAGACCAGAACAUUCAGGAGGGCAAAGGUCAAGAUACUGAAGCCUCUGCUUUCAGAAAUGCAAAUAUUUGUGACAAAAAACUUGUAGAGGGAAGAAGUUGUUAUGGAAUAGCUUUCGGGGGCCAAAAGCAUCUUCCUUCUCGGGUGAUGAAAAGUAUUGUUGAAAUUGAGCAAUGUACAGAAGGAAAGGAGAAGUACUGGUUUUCAGAGACACGCAUUCCUUUAUAUUUGGUGAAAGAGUAUGAAGCAGCUAAUGAAAAAGUUGUAUGUGAUAAAGAGUACUGCAAUGAUGCAUCUCAGUUGCACAGAAGGCCCUGCAAGGAUAUAUUUUUUUACCUUGCAUGCAAGAGUGAGAAGAUGGACAUGGUCCCGUGUUCUGCAUGUGGUACAACUUUUUCAAUUCGGAAUGCUUACCAGUGUAAUGCUUGUAAAGGUUAUUGUCAUGAGGGCUGUUCUGUAAGUUCAGCCUCUGCAAGCAAGGAAGUUGAGUACUUGACAACAUGCAAACGAUGUUACCAUGCCAAAUUACUUGCUCUAAAAGCGACUAGUAAUGAAUCUCCUACCAGUCCUUUACUCUUACAAGGACAAGAAAAAAGCUCUGGCAGUGUUUUUAAGGGACCAAGGACAAAGGGUAGACAUCCGGACGUGAAAGAAGUUACUUCUGUAGCAGUGGUAAAGGGACCAAGGACAAAGGGUAGUCAUCCUGACGUGAAACAAGUUACUCCUGUAGCAGUGGUAAAGGGACCAAGGACAAAGGGUAGUCAUUCUGAUGUGAAACAAGUUUCUUCUUUAGUGAUAAAGGGACCAAGGCCUAAAGGUCAUGAUCAAACACCGAAUUCUACCAGGACAAAAAAUAGUGAUCCUGAAAUGAAACAAGCUGCUUCUUCCACUUCCACAGCAAAAACCCGCAAGAAUUGUUCAUGGGGUGUUAUAUGGAAAAAGAAACCUAAUGAAGAGACAGACAUGAAUUUUAGGAUAAAAAACAUACUUCUAAAGGGUGAAUCAGGCGUGGAUGAACUCGGACCAGUUUGUCACUUAUGCAAAAAGGCAUAUAGAUCUGAUCUAAUGUAUAUUCGAUGUGAGACAUGCGAAAAUUGGUAUCAUACUGAAGCUGUUGAGCUUGAAGAAUCCAAAAUUCUUAGUGUGUCUGGUUUCAAAUGUUGCAAGUGUCGCAGGAUAAAAUCACCUGUCUGUCCUUACUCUGAUUUCAAGCCUCAAACCGAAGAGGUUAAGAAGUCACGCUCAAGGGGUACAAAGAAAGAAUAUUCUGGUGCAGAUUCUGAUUCUGCAACAUUUUCUGAGAUGAAAGAGUAUGAACCUGCUACUCCUGUCUUUCCUAUGGAGAAUGAUCCUUUACUUUUCUCUCUUCCAAAUGUUGAGCUGGUUACAGAACCUGAGUUAGAUGUGGAUAUUGAGAGGAACACUUUCUUUGAGCCAGGGCCUCAGAAACUACCAGUGAGAAGGCAUGUUAAGCGUGAGUGGGAUGGUGAUGGUGAUGGUUCCUUUGGAGGCAUACCUGUACAUGCUGAUUUCUCAACACAGAGUGAAGCAGGUAAUCUAUCCAACCCUGCAGAUUUGUCACCUUUAGAAUAUGACUCUGCUGUGCACUUCGACAGCAAUCUACUGAACACUUCUGAAAGUGUAAAUUAUGAUUGCACGGACUUUGAACCCCAUACCUACUUCUCUUUCAAUGAGUUGCUGCCAGAUGAUGGUAGCCAGUUUGAGGGAGUUGAUGUGUCUGGAGACUUGUCAGGAUAUUUGGAAAAUUCUGCUACCCUUGUUCCUGAAGAUUUUGGAGGUUUUAGUUCAGUCGAUAUUGGAGAACCUGCAAAUCCCUCUCAAGAUAAUGACUAUAGUUGUUGGAGAUGUUCACAAAUGGAACCAGCCCCUGAUCUCUGUUGUGAAAUUUGUGGUUAUUUGGUUCACAGCCAAUGUUCACCUUGGCUUGAAUCUCCAUCUAGGCUUGGAAGUUGGAGGUGUGGGGAAUGCCGGGAAUGGCAAUAGCUUAUUGAUGUGUCAUGCCAUUGUGCACUUUCUGAGGUUAACUGGCUUCUGCUGUCUCAUGGUCUCUAUUCACAUGAAUACCGUGUUCCAUCCUCGGUGCCUGGUGGACCCCCUUUCAGAAUCAAGGAGUAUGGUAUGAUUUUCUGCCUGCAGUCGUUGGGUUGAUUGAUGCUCGGGAGUCAUGGUAUUCAGGUUAUUUUAACACCUAGUCUCAAAUGGGAGUGUUUUUCCCAUAGAUAAGCUGAUUUUUCAUGAGGCUUAUCUGAAACCAUUGUUUGUAUAGGUCAAAUUUUACAAUUUUCUUUUUUUAAGUUAGGACAAAAUUAAGAAGCUUUGCUCGAUUGAAACUGAAGCUUCUAUACUGCAUUCAUAUUCGCUCAUAGUGAAAGCGCUAUAGGAUCACAGUGCUAUUCUCGAGGAACUAGAUUAUCAUUAAUAUUAUGAGAUACUGAUUUUGUCA